UGGCAGCAAUGAUUUUGACAUUAAAGAAAUUGCCGAUUUUGAGGUUAUCUCCUUGUAAAAUAUAUUUUUGUGUUGCCCUUUUUUAUAGUUUGCCUAAAAAAUAGCCAAAAAAUCAUAAGAAAAUGCCCAAUUUAGUGAAAUUUGGUGUGAAAACGUGUUACUAUCUGCAAUGGCGAAACCUCCCGGUGAUGUCUUCGCUCAACAGGACACAAAUUGCCAGGCGCUACUACUCGAAACACGUGAAAAAUGAUACGGUAAAAGUGAAGAAAGGUCAAGAGAAAAAUAUUAACAAGGUGUCAGGCAAAUUCAUUUUUCCCAUAACAAAAUGCCCUGAAGUACCAUCAGCACCCUGUCCUCCGGACCCUGAUCAUCAGUCAAAGAAACCUUUAGGUGAUAGAACGAAAAUCCUUCAGAUUGAGCAACCAUCUGCUGGCCGGACAAUUACUCUCUCUGUGCCAGAUUUCAAAGAGUCUCAGGAGAAGAAGUCUGCGACGGAGACGCAGAAUCAGGGAUCGUCAGGGAGUGAGAAAGAGCCUCCGGAAGGUGGCAGCAACAGGUUGUAUUGGUUGCUGCUGGCGGUGAUUGUGCUGGCUGGAGGUGCUGCUGUCCUUCAGAAUUACAAUAUUUUUGAGUCAAAGGGUCCGGCCAAGGUGACAGAUGAAGAAGAAAAGAAGAAACGCCGAGUACCUGCAACAUCAGCAGAAAUUCCCAAGGAGGUGCCAUAUCUCCUAAUUGGCGGCGGAACGGCCAGUUUCGCUGCCUUCCGUGCCAUAAAAUCUCAUGAUCCCAAAGCAAAGGUCAUGCUGAUUACAGAUGAACUCGAAAUGCCCUAUAUGCGACCUCCACUGAGCAAAGAAAUCUGGCAAAAUACCGACUCCACCGGGAAAUUGUCAUUCAAGCAGUGGAAUGGUGUUGAAAGGAGCAUCUUCUACGAACCCGAUGAAUUCUAUCUCCAUCCAAAAGAUCUCCUGGAGUCUCAAAAUGGCGGAGUCUCUGUUGUCCGUGGCUACAGUGUCCAGCGACUGGAUGUUGUGCAGAACACAGCAAUCCUCAGCGAUGGCACGGAAAUUAAAUAUGGAAAAGUUCUCAUAGCUCCUGGUUCAAUUCCCAAAAACCUCGAUGUUUUCUCUAGUGCUCCAUUGGCCGUACAGACCAAGGUGACCACAUUCAAGACCAUCGAUGACUACCAGCGUCUCCUGGGUGUCCUGGACAAGGCCAAAUCAAUUGCAAUUGUCGGCGGUGGAUUUCUCGGCAGUGAACUUUCUUGCUCUAUUGCGAAAUUGGGCACAGGGAAGAAGCUGCAGAUCUUUCAGAUCUUUCACGAGACGGGCAAUAUGGGCAAAGUCUUGCCGGAAUAUCUGAGCAAAUGGACGACAGAGAGGGUUCAAGAGGAAGGAGUUACUGUGCUGAGUGGGAAUCAGGUCGUGAGGGCAGAAAUGAGUGGGAAGCAGGUGAAAUUGAGUUUAAUUGAUGGAAAGAUUGUACUUGUGGAUCAUGUGGUGGUGGCAGCUGGAUCAGAACCCAAUACCUUGUUGGCUGAGAAGUCCAAUCUGGAGCUGCAUCCAGAAAUGGGUGGAUAUAUUGUCAACACCGAACUGCAGGCCAGGAGCAAUGUCUACGUGGCUGGUGACGCUGCGAAUUUCUACGACCAGCGACUGGGUCGUCGCCGUGUUGAGCAUCAUGAUCAUGCGGUGGUGUCCGGGAGAUUGGCUGGAGAGAAUAUGGUGGGCCUAAAGAAGCCCUACACGCAUCAGAGUAUGUUCUGGUCGGAUUUGGGAUCGAAUCUGGGCUAUGAGGCAAUUGGCCUGGUGGAUUCGUCGCUGGAGACGGUGGGAGUUUUUGCGCGGGGUGACAAGGAGAAUGGCACGACGAGUGUUGUAGAGGGUCAGGGUGAUCCCAAGGAGGAUUGCAAGCGUGGGGUGAUUUUUUAUGUGCGGGAUAAGCGGAUUGUGGGUGUACUUUUGUGGAAUCUCUUCAAUCGCAUCAAUAUUGCCAGGAAAGUGAUUAAUGAGGAUGUUGAUACAAGUGACUGGAAUGAGGUGGCUAAACUUUUUCACAUCUAUGGCCACGAGGAAGAGUCCAGGGAAUCUGAAUGAAGGAGAGUGGAAGGGGAAAUUGUUUUUGUAUUCAACACAGCAAUUAGAAUAAAAUUUCUGCAUUUAUAGUUCA